GAGAUUAUAAGAUCAUGAGACAGCCUUGCUGUGAAACCCUAGAAAAAAACAAAGGAGCUUGGUCCAAACAAGAAGAUCAGAAGCUUUCUGAUUACAUUGAAAAGCAUGGUGAAGGCCAUUGGCGCAAGAUCCCUCAAGCUGCAGGUUUGCUUCGGUGUGGUAAAAGUUGUCGAUUAAGAUGGAUAAACUAUUUAAGGCCCGAUGUUAAAAGGGGUAACUUUGGUGAAGAUGAAGAUGAUCUCAUUUUCAAGCUCCAUGCUCUCUUGGGAAACAGGUGGUCACUCAUAGCAGGAAGACUGCCGGGACGAACUGAUAACGAGAUUAAAAACUAUUGGAAUUCCCAUCUCAAAAAUAAGUUGGUAGUAAAUGGAAAUAUUGAUCCAAAUAAGAAUUACAUGCAUGGUGUCGGAAUUCAAAAAUCUCAACCGGGCAAAUCACAAGAGGAGAACAAACCACUUGAUCCCGAAGCAAAUGCAUCGAUUGUAGGAGAAACAAAUAGUAAGUUGCCUGAUCUGAAUCUCAACAUUGAAGUGAAUAAAGAACAAGUCAUACCAAUUGUAGUGGAGGAAAGCAUUGAGGGCAAGACUUCAUCAACACUCAUCCUAUUCACAUGAUGAUCAUAUAUAUAUCAUCUAUAUUCAUGAAAAUUACCUCAAUUUAUAUA